AUGGCCUGUGAGCCCAUCAGCAGCCAGGACGGCAUCAUCCACUUCAACCCGGUCAUCAUCUUCUUCAUGUCCCUCAUAAGAUCAGAGGACUCGGCCAAGGUCGUCCGGUCGGCUAAGGAAAAGGUUUCGGAGUUCACGAAUGCCAUGGGGAUCUUGGAUUCCCAGAGCUUCUUCGUCUUUGCAAACAAGAUGCUCAAGUGGACGCCGACUGAGAACCCCUUGAGCCUGCUGCCCUGCUGGAUAGUGGUGUUCGCUCAGCUUAUCAGGCUCUUCAUGGACACUGCCGUGUCGAUCAGUGAAAACACGUCCCAGCCCUUCGUCGACUCGCCAAAGGCCAUCACCACCUACUCGGCAGAUUGCACCCAUGACAACUCCAUCGCCAACCAGAGCAUUGUCCACAUCCAAGGCACGAGCGUCAUCGAGAUCAAGGGGCUCCCGUGGACCAUCGGCAGCUUGCUGCAGGGUAGCCAGUUUGCUGACCACUUCAAACGGGGGAGUGUGGAUGCAUGCGUUCCUCAACUACCACCGCCAGCACGCCCUGUCUCCGGCAGGGUGGUCGAAGCUAUGAACAUCCAGGGCGCGGCCUAUCUCGAGGUCGACCAGCAGUGCAAGCCCAUCCGCGAGCUCUUCUUAACGGCCAUGGAUAUCGAGAACGAUCGUAAAUGCAAGCCCGAGGCGCCCGAUUCGCCAGACCAACAACAUGGCCAUGGUCUCCUCGGUCAAGGUGUGGUGCACGUAGGGCAGAAGCUGAAGUCGGGCGACGAUAUCUCGAGCUUUUUGUUCGGCGGGCCAGACAUCAUUUGCGUGUUUGAGUCACGGUCCGGCCUGGAGCCCGAGAACUUCGUCCUUUCGCCUAAAGACAACUACUCUAGGGUAUGUAAUCAUACCGCCGAGGGCUCCCGGGCAGAAUUCGAACGGGAACUCCAACGGACACCACCGAUUGGCCGGGGUCAUGAGGUUGGAUCGAAGCGUGUAGCACUGAUGGUUGAGUCUGACAAUAGAAGUGAAGGUUCCUUUGGCCUCCACCGUGCCCUCGAAGUGAACCUUACAACCGGGGAUCUCGGGGUGUCCAUGGUCCCCGACUAUGAUAACACAGCACUGUUCGUGCCCAACAGUGGAAUAUCGGCCGAACGCGUCUUUGAGGCAUCCGCCACUUGCGACAAAUCGCCACGAGUUGUAAUGUCCGUUCCUGAAACGAGCUCCGCUCGGCGUGGACCAGACGGGGACGAACGCACAGAAAGGCGAAAAAGCGAAGAAGCGGACCGGCCCGUACGAGACGGGCUUUUCGCGUAA